AUGUCUUCUCUUCCCAAGACGUACAAGGCGGUCGUCAUCCCCGAAGCCAACGCUCCCUUCAAACUCCAAGAUGUCGACAUCCAGCAUCCCGGCCCUGGGACAGUGCUCGUCAAAGUAAAGGCAUGCGGUGUCUGCUUUUCGGAUGUUGGGACUGUCAGCGGCCACAUGGGCAAUGUCUUCCCCCGUGUUCCCGGCCACGAGAUUGUUGGUGAUGUCGUCGCCGUGGGCGAGGGCGUCACACGGUUCAAGGGUGGUGAGCGUGUCGGCGGACCAUGGCAUGGUGGCCACGACGGUCAGUGCCGUGCUUGCCAACGGGCACAGUUCCAGAUGUGCGACAAUGAGCAGAUCAACGGCGUGACCCGCGAUGGUGGGUUUGCCGAGUACGUCGUGCUGCGGGCAGAGGCUGUUGUGCAGGUGCCCAAGGACAUGGACCCUGCCGAAGCGGCCCCGUUGCUGUGCGCGGGCGUCACCGUCUUCAACGGCCUGCGCAAGGCGCACGUGGAGCAGGGCAACCUCGUCGCCGUGCAGGGUCUCGGCGGCCUCGGCCACCUGGCCGUGCAGUACGCCUACAAGAUGGGCUACGAGGUGGCCGUUUUGUCCUCGGGCGACGACAAGGCUGCCUUUGCCAAGGAGCUCGGCGCCCACCACUACAUCAACACCAAGACGCAGGAUGCGGCCCAGGAGCUCAUGAAGCUCGGCGGCGCCGCGGUCGUCCUCCAGACGGCCCCGAGCCCCAAGGCCGUCACUGAACUCGUGGGUGGUCUCGCUCCCGCUGGGCAGCUCAUCAACCUGGCACCUGUGGGCAACGCCGAGGUCAAUACCGUCGCCCUGGUCCUCAAGGGUGCUUCGGUGCAAGGGUGGCCCUCUGGGCACGCCCUGGACUGCGAGGAGGCCAUUCGAUUCGCCAUGAACCACAAUGUCAAGUGCUACAUUGAGAAGUACCCCUUGGCCAAGGUUCAGGAGGCGGUGGACAGCUUGGUGGCUGGCAAGCCUCGUUUCAGGAACGUGCUGAUCAUGGACUAA